AUGGGCGCAGCAGGGGCAAAGGCUCUAUCAUGCCAGCGAACAUGCGAAACCACGUGUGUGGAACACAUCGGGGUCGACGUCUAUGCUGUGACCCAGUGCGUUAGCUCCGGAGGCCACCCGGAUGGAGAUUUGGCAGGCACGGAGGCCAUGAAUGUGCACAAGCUGCUUGUGGCUGCCAAAGAGGGCAGACAGGAGGAGAUUGCCGAGCUCUUGAGCCAAGGAGUUCCGAUUGAUAGAAGGCGACCAUUCUUCAUGAAGCGAGAGCAAGAGGUCAUCGGACGAUCUGGCGAUUUGCACGACACCCGACAACCAGGCAUGACGGCCUUGAUGUAUGCAGCUCAAUCUGGCUACCCUGGCUGCUGUGCCCGGUUGUUGGUCGGCAGAGCUAACCCAAAUGCCGAGGACGAGGAUGGCACCCGACCGCUUCAUUUUGCCGCAUCUUCUGGCAGUCUUGACGUUUGCAAGUUGCUGCUCGAGUACCACGCUGAUGUACGGGCUCAAACCGACGAUGGCAAGGCAGCUUUCGAUUUUGUGCCAGAUGAUGCCAUGCCGACAGCGAAACAUUACCAGAUGUGGGCCAGUGUGCUAAAGCGCAGCCUGACAGCGAAGGCCGAGGCCGAAAGAGUACCAACCCCUCCGACUCAGACUGACGGCAGUGGUGAUGCAAAGAGUGAGCUAAACAGCUCGCUACACGAACAAGAAGCUCAGCAGGAGCUUCACGGCGAAUAA